AUUUAGAAUAUAUAAAUAUAUAUUUUUCAUGCGUUACACAUUUCAUGAAAAAGUAUGUUUACCUCUUCUAGGGUAUAAAAAGGGUGGGAAUAAAAUAUGUUAUUCGAUAUACUCACAUUUGCCUGGGUUAUAGAGUAUAUAAGAGGGCGUGUCUAUUUCAGUCAUCCAAAGCAAUGAAAGAGAUGCCGAUAUCACAGACCAGACAAGAAAAUAUUCUUACUACAUUUUCACUCAACUUUAAGAAACCGGAUUUUGUCUUAAGACUUGAGUAAAAUUACGACAUCGACGUUAUGAAUGGGAGUAGUAGUUGCGGGCCAGGUGCCUGCACCUGUUCCGUCCAGAAGUGGAAGUGGAUCUGUUGAGUGUAACUCGGUAAGCAACUUUUUAUUGUCGACUUGCAGGUAUGACCAGAGAGAGAGAGAGAGAGAGAGAGAGAGAGAGAGAGAGAUGGGAAGAGUGCAAAACGUAAGAGGCACAAGCAAGUUCUGACAAUGAUCCUGAGAAAUAGCCGCUCACACUGAAAUUCAUUCAAAAUACCCUAGGUAAAACUCUAAUUGCCACUCAAGAAGAGUACAAAAUAAUGCAACGGCAACGGCAACAGCAGCAGAAAAAACUAAAGGGACUGAAGAAUAUUGAGGUAAUGAUAACAAGCCGCUCGCUCACCUCACAAUGCAACAGGUGACGGACGCCAAAACGGUCUUCCUCUUGGGGAGAAGAAGUCAAGUUGCUACCUGUUAAUACAUAAAUACAUAUGUAUGUACAUCAAACGAUGCCUACGAGCAACGAAUAAAGGUAGUACAUACACACAUAUGCCACAGUGCCCAAACGUGAGCAGGUGCUCGUGCCCGUGCCAGAGCGUUCAAGACGAGUUUGUUUGAGAUCAAUUGAUAGCCGUAGCGUUGUGUAAUGUUGAUCUUGUUUUGGUAACGUAGUGGAGCAUUGAGUUAAAUGAGCCUGACUCUUAAUUUUGCUGGAUGGCCGCUGGUCUUGUCCGCGAGACGACUUUUAGUAUGUGUAUGCUUGUGUGUCUUCUGAGUAUGUUAUGUCUGAAUGGUAUUGGUAUUUUAAGUGUUUGCAGUUUUUCUUCAAGAAGGUCAUGGCCGAUUCAAGCGAUCCUGAUCACGCAGUAUUUGUUGAGCAUUGAAAGAAAUGGGUGCGGAGAUUCACUGUUAACAAUAAAAAUUAAAAUACAAAUACAAAUAAAAAUAAAAAUAAAAAUACAAUAACACGACUACUGUAAAAAGCCUAAUGCAAACUGUUUUCCAAAAUGGAAUUAUGCGUUUUAAUACCAAAAGAGUUUUCCUUAACAAAGUUAUCCUUGCCGACUAACAUCGAAUCUGUUUUAACCGUGUGUGCAACAACUAAUAUCAAAAGAGGAACUUUAUUUUAUCCGUUUCAUGGCACCAUUCGCACCGACAAAAUAGAAAACUUAAAAUAUCCUGAUGAAAAUGAUCUGAGGCAUCGGCACGGCUUGUAUCAUGAAGUUUCAUACAAUAAUGGAACGUGUGUGAUCCACUGUAAUUGGAUACGAUUUCUUAAGAUCGCGGGCUCGUUUGACCGUAAUGUAAAUCUUAUUUGUUCGAUGGUUAAAGGGGAUCCAUUGUAUGAAGUUAUUAAGCCAAUUAAAAUUAAUCAGGAAUUAGUGGUUUAUUACAUACCAGAACGUCGGGAAGAUAAUAUAUUUUCGACUGUACGUUCGACCCUUUAUAGGAAAGCUAUGGACGCCAUUCUACAAGGUAUACCUUUGCAAACUAAAUUAAAAUCUGUUUCUAAUUUGUAUUUUACUUUUUCAGACAGUCCUCUUGAUUUGUCUUUAGCAUUAAUGUAUAAAAUACCAAAUUUACCACUAUCUCCGCCGAUUAGUGAGGAUGAACAAAAGUCUGUGCUGAGCGAUUCUUCUGGAUCCUUAUUAUCACUGGUUGACAGUACAACUGACAACUCAACAACAUCAUCAACAUCGAUGGAUGAAAUAAAGGACUUUACGGCAAUCUCUCCUAAAAGAAAAACCAAUAUCGAAAGUUACAAAUAUGGAGGUUCAAGAAAACGCAUGGGAAAAAAUGAAAGACCUUUGCUACCUUGUGAAGUCUGCAGAAAAGCCUUCGACCGGCCAAGUCUACUUAAGAGACAUAUGAGAACUCAUACGGGUGAAAAGCCACAUAUUUGUAUGGUUUGCGGAAAAGGAUUUAGUACUUCCAGCUCUUUGAAUACUCAUAGGAGAAUUCACUCCGGGGAAAAACCACACGAAUGUCCAGUGUGCGGAAAAAAGUUUACCGCCAGCAGCAACUUAUAUUACCAUAGGAUGACACAUAUUAAGGAAAAACCACAUAAGUGUAAUUUAUGCGCAAAGUCAUUUCCAACUCCUGGUGACCUAAAGUCCCACAAGUACGUUCACAGUGGAUCAUGGCCGUUCAAAUGCUCAAUAUGUUUCCGCGGUUUCUCAAAGCAGACGAAUCUGAAGAAUCAUUUAUUUCUGCACAGUGGCGACAAGCCACACGGCUGUGAAUUAUGCAAAAAGAAAUUUGCCUUGGCCUGCAACCUGCGUGCACAUAUGAAGACCCACGAUGGUGACCUACAGGAUGAAUGUGUUAGAUGUGAAAAGCCGAUUAUUGGAAAUAGCAUUAUUUUACAGCGGAAUAAAAUAUGCGAAAAAUGUCUAGAUUUGGGCGAUUCAGAAAAUGAAAAGAAAUUUGCAUUACCAGCGAAACAAAGUAUGGACACAGAAGAAGAAGCAGACUCUUCCAUUGGUGCAACAGAGUCUAGUGAAAAAUAAAUUUUAAACCUCUUUUGUUAGGAGCCUUUCGAACUAAAUGAAAAUUCAUUAUUAAUCCCUUAAAUUAAUAA